CGCCGCUUUGUGUUUAAAGGCGGCGACGGUUGGGCGGGAGUGGCGGCCGCUGGGUUUUUUGGACGUUAAUUGUCGGCCGGCAGGAAAUCGGUUAAAGGGGCGAGUCGGGUGUUUAGGAUCAGGCGGCGGCGGCGGCGACGACAGCAGCAGUAGACGGGCCGAUGUGCGUGGGAAGGCGGGCGGUGAUGGUGCCCCGGGCCGCUCCGCGACUCCGCUCGCUUGGCUCACACCCGCGGCCUUCCUCCAGCCCGAGAGCGGCGGGCUCACUCCCGGCACACGGCGCUUGGCGGCGGCCCGCCUUAGCCUGAGGGCAGCCCGCUACCGGAUAAGGGAGGAGAAGGACGAGGCCCGAGCGGCCUCGGGCGUCGCAGCCCCUGCAGUUUUGCUAUCUUGAGUUCCUGGUUCAGAGACCGUAGCUGGAUUGAGUCAAGUCUUCUGCAAUGAAGCUGUUGGAAAAUUCAAGUUUUGAGGCUAUUAGCUCUCAGCUUACCAUAGAGACUGGCGAUUCUCGCAUCAUCGGGCGGAUAGAGAGUUAUUCCUGUAAAAUGGCAGGGGAUGACAAGCAGAUGUUUAAACAAUUCUGUCAGGAAGGACAGCCCCAUGUCCUGGAAGCCCUUUCUCCACCUCAGACCACUGGAAUCAGCCCAAACAGGUUGAGCAAGAGUCAGAGUGGGGAUGAAGGAGAGGGUCCUCUCUGCGACAAGUGUAGCCGCAAGACGCUCUUCUACCUGAUCGCAACACUCAACGCAUCGUUCCGUCCUGAUUACGACUUCAGUGCUGCAAAAAGCCAUGAAUUUAGCAAAGAGCCCAGUCUGAACUGGGUGGUGAAUGCUGUCAACACCAGCCUGUUUUCUGCUGUUGGGGAAGAGUUUAACACUUUGAAGCCCCAGCUUUGGGAUGCUGUUGAUGAAGAGAUCUGUCUCUCGGAGUGUGACAUCUACAGCUACAACCCUGAUCUGGACUGUGACCCAUACGGUGAGGAGGGCAGUCUCUGGUCCUUUAACUAUUUCUUCUAUAACAAGAGACUGAAGAGGAUUGUAUUUUUCACUUGCCGCUCCAUCAGCGGGUAUUUGUACAGCCAGCAGUCAGCAAUCAGCAACAACUUCGACAUGGACCUGGACGAUGAAGAGGCCCUCAGUCAGGAUCAGGACGAGGAGGAUGAAGAUGAAGCAGAGGCCAUGGAGGAGACCAGGUACCAAACGGUGUGUGUCUAAGCGUCAAGCAGAUCAUCACCCUUCAAUACCACCUGCUUCCAUACCCCUGCAACCUGACUGCAUCUCUGUGGAGCUCGGCGUGAAUGACCAGCACUUAAAUCUCAGGCAUUAGGACGUCUGACAGUCUAGGCCUGUAGUCAAGCCCUUCUCAUCGAGAAGCUUGCACUGGAAACUUUGAGCAAUGCUCUGGUUUUAUAAUAGCUGCCUGCAGGAGUGGGUAGAUCAUUGUGGCUUGUCUCCAGCGCUGCCAUUCACCUCUUGUUGAAACCGAGCCGUUUGUUGUGAAACAUGUUUAAGAACCAAGGUGAUUGACGUUUUUCUUUGUCUUCUGUAAGUGGGCUCACCAGCGCACUCUGCGGAUCAGGGUAAGCUUUGCCCUUAUCGGACCACAGACGUUGCCGAGGAUCCGUCUCAUUAUUACGUGUCGGACUGAUGAAAAUCAGCACACUGUUGACACCCUGCUGCUCUGAACAGAGCACCCCAAGUACCUGUCGACCUGUGCCGCUGGUGUGGAAAGUAGCCGAUUGUCCAAGUCUGGAACUAACUCUGCACACGGACAACUGAUUUAUCAUCGCCACACUCUGCUUCUGAAGUAGUUGUGCUUCCUGCUACUCUAAGCUCACCCUAGGCCUACCACCCUCCUUCAUAACCCUCCACUUGGUUCUCCCCGGUCAGCGGACAAGCUGGCGUUUUUAUUCUGCCCUGGAUCCCUUUCUA